AUGGAUUUCAACAGUCUUAAAGACCAGGUGAGCAACCUGACCUUGUACGACAUCAAGGCGGGUGCUCGCAAGUUGCAAAAUGCUGUCAUGAACUACACGGAAAUGGAGUCCAAGGUCCGAGAAGCCACAAACAACGAACCUUGGGGCGCAUCCUCGACUUUGAUGCAGGAAAUCGCCAAUGGCACGCAUCACUAUCAAUUGCUCAACGAGAUCAUGCCUUUGAUCUACAAACGGUUCACAGAAAAGACGGCAGAAGAGUGGCGGCAGAUAUACAAGGCGCUGCAACUUCUCGAAUUCCUCAUCAAGAAUGGUUCUGAGCGGGUCAUUGACGAUGCUCGGUCUCACAUGUCUCUUUUACGAAUGCUUCGCCAAUUCCAUUAUAUCGACCCCAAUGGCAAGGACCAGGGUAUCAAUGUCCGCAACCGAUCGCAAGAACUAACCAAACUACUCGGCGAUGUCGAUGCUAUCCGUAACGAGCGCAAAAAGGCUCGCGCCAACCGCAACAAGUUUGGCGGUAUGGAAGGUGGCGGCAUGGCAGGCGGAUUAUCCGGACAGGGAAGUGGACGAUACGGCGGGUUCGGUAGUGACAGUUAUGGUGGAUAUAGCGGAGGAGUGUUUGGUGAUGGUGGCGGGUUUGGUGGAGCCAGCAAUAUCAGUGAUAUAAGCAGGGAGUCCGGCCGACGAAGCAACCGGUUUGAAGAGUACGACGAGGGCGACGACGAGCUUUCGGCACCGAUACGGCGACGAACGGAACCAAAGCCACAGGCCAAGGAGCCCGAACCACCCAAGCCAAAGGAAGCAGAUUUGUUUGAUUUUGGCGAUGAUGAUGAGGUCACCUCCACUGCUGCUGGAAAACAGCCGGCUGCUGGCAAUAAUGGAUUGGACAUACUUGGGUCGGGUGCGGAUGAUGAUGACUUUGAUGACUUCCAGUCGGCAUCACCGGCCGCCGCGCCGUCUGCUCAGUUCUCGGCAAUUUCUCCUCCUGCGUCGACAGUUACAACCACAUCAAGCACCCAGUUCGCUGCCCCCAAGCCGGUGUCUGCGUCCCAAGGUGCCGACUUGAGCGGACUUGCUGGGUUCACUUCUGCCACACCCACGCCGACCGGUUCCGCCACGAUAUCGCCGCCUCUUUCCUCAGCGUCUUCAUUUGCUGCACCCCUGCAACAGCAGCCUGCUAUCAAGCCAACAGGAUAUCAAGCAGUAACACCAAACUACUACACCUCGGUCAAUACCAACGUGAACCAGCCCAUCUCGCCAUCGGCCGGUGGCAGACCUGGUCUCCACCAGACCACUUCUUCGUUCUCCUCUCUGACCGCAUCUUCUGCAUCACCAGCUGCUGGAGCUGCCAAGCCGGCAGCGUCGAAAUCAUCUGGCGGCGACGCGUUCGGAUCUCUCUGGAACACAGCCAGUGCUGGCGCCGGUAUUCAAAAGAACGCGCCCAACAAGGGACCUAAUCUGGCAAGCAUGGCCAAGGAAAAGUCCAGCGCGGGCAUUUGGGGCACCCCUGGUGCAGCUUCAUCACAGCCAAAGCCUCCUGCCCAAAGCGGUGGAUCAGCCUUUGACGAUUUGCUGGGCUGA